CGCCCAGCGUCUACGCGCGCGCCGCGGAUAAAGGCGCGCGUAUAAUCGAACGUCACGAAAUUGUCCACCAGUCGGGUAAAAGGAGAGCGCGCGCGGAAUCGAACGAGCACGAAGUUGCGCGCUAGUCGACCGGGCAAAAGGAAAGCGCAUGCACGCGGAUACAGGCGCGUUUACAGAAUCGAACAGACGGCGAAGUUGCGUGCCAGUCGAUCGGGCAAAAGGAAAGCGUGCGGAAGAAAUGUGAAACGCACUCGCGCACGGCGAAAACUCGACGCGGAGAAUCUCGGUGAAGCGAGAAAGGUGCGGCCCCGAUCCCAACGACCGUCUAGCCACAGCGAAAUGACGAUGAGACCUGCGGAAGGGACGCGCGAUUCGCAACAGUCGCAACAGUCAAGAGACGCGCAGGUCGACAGAUCACUCUAUUUGCUCUUCGAGGAUAUAUCGUACAGUGUACGGAAAGGGAUCUUGACCAAGGAGAGGAAAAGAUUGUUGAGCGAUCUCAACGGCGACUUUCGACCGGGCGAACUCACAGCUAUUAUGGGUCUUUCCGGCGCUGGAAAAUCUACAUUAAUGGACAUCUUAGCAGGUUUCACGACAACCUCGGUCGCUGGCAGGAUCAUGAUAAAUGGACAGGAACGAAAUAUGUCAGAUUUCCGUAAAUUGUCUGCCUAUAUAAUGCAAGAUGAUAAUUUGCAACCACAUUUAACACUGCAGGAAGCUAUGCUCAUCGCUGCCGAUCUCAAACUCGGAUUGAAUCACCGUGAGAAAUUACAAAAGAUCGACGAAAUAUUAGUAGCGAUGGGCCUCGACGAGUCUCGUUACACGAUUACUGGCGAACUUAGCGGAGGACAAAGAAAAAGACUCGCCAUCGCACUUGAAUUAAUCAACGAUCCACCAGUCAUGUUUCUUGAUGAGCCUACGAGCGGUUUAGAUAGCACUUCAUCAAAGCAAUGCAUAGCACUUUUGAAGCAAUUAGCGCAAGAAGGACGAACCAUAAUCUGCACGAUACAUCAACCGAGCGCGAUCCUCUUCAACAUGCUGGAUCAUCUUUACGUGAUUGCUGACGGCAAUUGCGUUUACACAGGCAGCACGGAUAACUUGGUGCCAUUUUUGAAAAGCAUAGGAUUAUACUGUCCGACGCAUUAUGAUCCCAUGGACUUCUUGAUGGAGAUAUGCAACGGUGAUUACGGUCCCCACAUAUUCGAGCUCGUGGAAUCGAUCGAAAAGGGCAAGAAUGAUAUGUGGAGAUCGACGAAAACUGUUCAUUUGAACAAACGCAAAGAAAGUAUUAUUUCGCAACAGGCCACUAUGAGAUUGUAUUCCUUCGAGACGGAAUUCAGGCACACGCCAUAUUACACUGCCAAUUUCUGGAGGCAACUUUGUGUUCUUGUUAAAAGAAACGCAAUUAGAUUAUCUCGUGAUAAGGUUUUAACGCUCACACGGAUCUCAAUGCACUUGGCGAUUGCUUUGAUUGUUGGCACGUUAUACUUUAAAAUUGGCCAAGACGCUGCUUAUGUUUUAGACAAUUUCAAUCUAUCUUAUUUCAACAUUAUGUUUCUCCUGUAUAAUGCAUUUAGCGCUACGAUGGUCACGAUUCCUUUGGAGUUACCGACAUUAAAACGUGAGCACUUCAAUCGUUGGUAUCAACUACGAUCGUAUUAUCUAGCGGGCAAAUUGGCCGAUUUUCUAGUCCAACUCAUUUCCACAUUUAUUUAUACCAUCACAGUGUAUUACAUGAGCGAUCAGCUUCCCGAAGGCAAAAGAUUUUGGUUAUACAUGCUUAUGUGCUUCGUUGUCAGUCUGGUUGGUCAAACAGCAGGGCUUAUCAUAGGGUGCUCGCUAAAGGUCCAGAAUAGUGUGAUUUUUGGGCCGUUUGCGCUUAUGCCAUUUAUUGUACUCAGUGGUUUUUUCGUGCAUACUAAAGACGUGCAUCUCUACUUACAUUGGCUAUUUGACAUGUCAUUCUGUAAAUAUGCUUUUGAGGGAAUAUUGAUGGCCGUUUAUGGUUAUGAUCGACCGAAAUUGAAGUGUUCAGCGGAUUAUUGCCAUUUUGCUACUCCUAAAAAAUUUCUCAUGGAAUUGGGUAUAGAGCACAUAAAUUAUUGGUUCAAUAUGAUAAUAUUGGUAACGUUGAGUAUAGUUUUGGAUAUUGUAGCAUGUAUUAUAUUAAACAUGAGGAUUAAGAAACGAAUAUAGUAUUGAAAUAAGACUUCGUAUAACUUUUACAAUUAAGUGCCGACAAAUAAAAUCUCAGCACAGA